ACGGCCAGUUAUGCCAAAUAGUGAAGAAAUAUGAAGAUCCACGUACGCUGAAAGCAAAAAACAACCGCUUCUUUUUAACCUACAACAAAGAUAACAAUUUUCUGGACAUGAAAGUUAUUGUUGACCGCGAUGCAGUCUUAGACAACGCGUCUGAUGACGAUGUAAUUGAAGUCGUAAGAGAUGAAGCACCAAUUGAAAUAUUAUCGGAUGAUGAAGAAAUGGAAGUUGAAAAAGCGAGUAAUCUGUGUUCAAAUGAUAAAACCUUUAAUUUCACGGCACCUAAUACACCGAACGAAGUUGACAAAGACCUAUCGAAUGAGCUAGAAGACCCUCUCAAAAGUUGUUUUGGUGAAAUAGAGAAUUUUUUUUCAAUUUCCGAACAAGAACACGCAAUUGCAGUGCCAACCAUAAUGCACACUAUGUGUUUAGAGAGUGACCCCAAAAUAGAUGACAAAACCAACCACGACAGUAGUGGAGAAAAUUGCUUUGUUAAUGUUACUGAUUUUGGAAAUAGUUCCGAAAAUGAUGCAGAACAGUUAAAACAAAAGGUACAAGAAGAGAAUGAGUCAAAAGGCGGAGGGGAUUUAACUUUAAAUUCUGUUAAUGUUCCUAAUGAUAAAAAAAUUGUAGAUAAUGAAGCGAACGCCGUAAAUUUAUCACAAUAGUAUAGAAUAAUUUUGGGUGGACUUUUAUUCAAAUAGUUUGUUAAACGAGAGUUGUCUUUUUGACAAAACUGAAUGAAAAAAGAUUUUAGUAAAUUACAAUAUUUAAACCAAAUGUAGUUGCAGUAGAAAAAGUUGCCUCUUUAGAGAUGUAUACAUAUUUGCACCACAACAAAUGAGAUUGAGCCUAUUUUAGAUCUUAUUGUUAAAAUCACGAUAGGUCCAUAUAGGUCCUGGUCUUAUUGCAUUUUAAAACAUUUUUAUUUCUUAAUUAGUUCAUUUUUCUACCGUUUACUUAAGCACCUUUGGUCCUGAUUAUGUAUGACAUUAAAACCUUAAAUAUAGUUGUUACUGGGCCUUCUUAAAGUUCUUGUUGGUAGACCUGUCUAAUUUGACAUCGCGUCGCAAAGUCUAAUAAGCCCAGCCACCAUUGUUCGUGUAUUCCAAGCGCGUGCAGUGCGUUGUAUGUCAGAUAAAGCAAAUGCAAUAAUAGUCAUAUCUAUUGACAUACAAUCUUUAACCUCUGCGAUUUUAAUGUAAUAGAAAAAAGGGCCUAACACUAAAAGUCACUAAGAUAUUUGUAAGCUUAUGUUAUUUAGAACAUUCUCAGCUUUGUCAAGCUAGCAGAAUACUUAUUUAGUUAUCAAUAAAUUAAAUUGUUUAUUGGA